AUCCCACACAUGUUUUCCUUGUUUUCAUUUUGGUUUAAAUUGUUUCAAUUAACUAAUUGUAAUUAAUUAACGUUUACGGUUUUGUAGAUUGAACAAUUUACUCAUGUUGGGGAAAUUAGCUGUUCGUGGAAUACACAAUUAUAGUAGAAGAUCAUCUAUUUAUUCUGAGAAAUGUUACUUGGUUAGAAAGAGAAUCGGAUUACGUUUAUCAUCUUCGUCUUCUCAACAAUCUGAUUUGGAGAAAAAAUCUGGCCAGCAAUUAAAAUCAUCGGCUAAUGGACCAAUUUCAUCGGAAAUCCCCAAAGAAUUUAUGCCUCAAGAGGUUAUCGAUAAAGUUCAAUCUGUUCGAUCUUUAGAUGUUACAACUAAAGUUCCACUUGUUCCAGUUGAAAGUCUAGGAAUCAAAGCUGAUGUAUUGAGAGUUCAGAAAAAUGGUUCUUUCAUCAAGAGACUUUUCAUCGCUAAAUAUGAUACUGAUUUUCUUAGUUAUCCUGAAAUUUUAAAGACUCGAAGUGAAUUUGAUGCUAUUCAGAAACAAUGUGAAAUGGUUGAAACGUAUUUCCAUAAUUUCGCCAAUGACAGUGACUCUUUACAUAAAUUGAAAUUUGAUUCGUUAUGGAAAAUGACUGCCACCGAAAUGAUGACCAUUUUCGAAUCGAUUGGACACACUUUGGCCAUUCGAUUCAACGAUUGUUUCACAAAGAAUGUUAUUAGUGAACAAGAUGGAAAUGAAUUGAAAGGUUACUUGGCAAUUAAGCCUAAUCAUCCAGUUGUCGACAUGAAAUGUGUUCAUGGAUUAUUCAAUCUUCUUAAUCACAAUUGUCUUGGUUUUGGUUCAGUUGAAUGGGGAGAUAAUGAUGGAAUUAGAGAUCGUAUUUUAUCAUUACUACGAAAAGAUCCUUCGAUUAAGAUUGGUUUCGCUUGGACAGAGAGAGAAGCUCCUUUUGGUGCUGGAAGUUUCGCUGAUUGGGAAACUGUUGCUCGUCGAUCAGCUGAUGAAUCAAGUUGGACUCUUUCAGGGUCAAAAAAUCGUAUUCUCAAAGAUAAUUACGAUUAUUAUGUCAUUUUUGCUUCGACAAAAGAUUAUAACGAAGAGGAGAAACCCCAAUGGAUGUUAACUGGAGGCACUGAAUCUCCACCAGGAAUUGUUGGUUUUCUCAUUCCAUCUAAAAUGAUUGGUAAAAUUGAAGAUGAAGAAGUGAUUAACGGACUAGUCUAUCAAAAAAUUACCUUCGAUGGUUUAGUCUUACCAACGGAAGAUCAUCUUUUAGUUGAACCUUCACCUCUUGGAAUAAGAUCAUUAAACAUUCGUGGUCUUGGUCUUCUUGGUACCUCAUCGAUAAUUUUAGGAUUAACCAAAUCACUUUUAGCUGAUUGUUAUCGUUAUCUAUUGAAAAAUCGAGCACCACUAUUAGAAUGUCAAACAGUUGAGAAACUUUUGGUCAACAUAACAUAUAAAAUAUACACACUCGAAUCAUGUUUAUAUUUAACAUCUCAAGCCUACGAUGCAUUUGAUAAUGUUAAUGCCGAUCCAGAGCAAAAUUUGGAAGCUUCAAUUUGUAAAAUUUUAGCCAUUGAAUUAGGACAUGAGAUUAUUGAGAUUAUCCAAUCAAUUUAUGGAUCACAAAUGUUAAUAACUUCUCCUUUACAUGAUUUCCUUCAUCUUCUUGAUUCUUAUCUUGAUAAUACUGUUCAUCAUCGUGUUAACAUUGGUACAAGUGGAAUGUGGUUCGCUGGUUAUUACAAGAAUGAUAAUAUUCGUAAACUACGAUUAGCACCAUUCUUUCCCGUCUAUCGACUUUACGAACUUAUCAAUGAAUAUAAAUUGUCCAAAGAUAAGCCCAAAUUAAUCUACGAUUUAAGAGGUCACGUUCAUCCUUCCCUUCAAGAAGAAGCUGAUAAAUUAGAAACUGUUUCUCUUAAAUUUGGAUUAGGAGUUGAAUGGAUUCUAAAACGUUGGGCUGGUCAAACCACUCGACGACAAAAUGAUCUGGAAAGACUUGCAGACAUGGCCAUCGAUAUUUACGCAAUGACCUGUGUGAUUUCAAGAGGUUCAAAGGCUUAUUGUGAUGCCGUUAAAAAUGCCGACAUGGAUCGAUACACAGUUUCAUCAAUUGUUCAUCAUUUAUAUGAAAAAGGAAUUUUAACUUUCGAGGAAUUGAACCGUUCACAAGAAGAUACCGAUGAAUAUAGAAAUCAUCAUAUCCAUAGAAAGAAUAUUGAAUAUGGUGGUUAUUUCGCCCAAUCUUCACUAAAUAGAAUACAUUAUUAGUUAUAAAACAAUCAACAAUUAACUAAUUAUCUUCUCUCUCUCUCUUCAUUUCUUUUUCUUCUCGUUUUUAUUACCAAACAACAAUUUUAUUUGGAAUGAAAAAAAAAAUCUAUAACGAAACCUUUAGUUGUAUAAAAAAAGAAAGGAAAACAUCCAAAUAUCAAGUGCAUAUAUUAUAUAGAAUUUAGAAAUAAUUAAUAAAUUGUAAUAAUAAAUUCCAAUUGGUAAUUGAA